CAGACGCUAAAGUUCAGAGGUCAAACAAACAGUUGUGCCGUUUAUUUUUUCUCGUGUCGUUGACGAUGCUCAGAAUCAGGAGAGUUUGCGGUCAUUUGUCGCCUUCGAAUACGUUGGAGAUGCGACGGGAGCUGCGGAGCGUCGAGUGCGGAGCGGCGAGGAGGAGGAGCGGGGAGGAGGUGGUGGUGGUGCACGGCCUGAGGAGCGCCGUGGGGAAGGCCAGGAGGGGCUCCUUCAAGGAUACGACGCCGGACGAGCUGCUGAGUGCCGUGAUGGCGGCCGUCCUGAGAGACGUGGGACUGAAGCCCGAGCAGCUUGGAGACGUCUGCGUGGGUAACGUGCUGCAGCCCGGCGCCGGCUGCCUGAUGGCCAGAGUGGCUCACUUCCUCAGCGGGUUCCCAGAGACGGUUCCUGUUUACACGGUUAACAGACAGUGUUCAUCUGGACUGCAGGCGCUGUUGAACAUCGCAGGAGCCAUCAGGAGCCACUCCAUUGACCUCGGCCUCGCCUGCGGCGUGGAGAGCAUGUCGCUCCGGUCAGCCAGUAACCCGGGAGAUCUGAGCUCCAGGUUAGUGGACAACGAGAAGGCCAGAGACUGUCUGAUCCCGAUGGGCAUCACUUCGGAGAACGUCGCCGAGCGAUUCGGCGUCUCCAGAGAGAAACAGGACGUCUUCGCCUGCAGCUCUCAGCAAAAGGCGGCGCGGGCACAGAAGGCGGGACUCUUCGAGCAGGAGAUCGUUCCCAUCACCACCAGGUUUGUGGACGAUGACGGUAACGAGCAUGUUGUCACGGUGACGAAGGAUGACGGCAUCAGACCUGGAACCACGUUAGCCGGCCUCAGCAAACUGCGUCCAGCCUUCAAACCCGACGGCAGCACGACGGCAGGAAACGCCAGCCAGGUGAGCGACGGCGCGGCGGCUGUGCUGAUUGGCCGCAGGUCUGCAGUGGCGGCUUUGGGUCUGCCCGUUCUGGGCAUCUUAAGGGCCAGUGCGGUGGUGGGCGUGCCUCCUGAUGUGAUGGGCAUUGGCCCCGCCUUCGCCAUCCCAGUAGCUCUGCAGCAGGCAGGGUUAACGGUGGACGACAUUGAUGUCUUUGAAAUCAAUGAGGCUUUCGCCAGUCAGGCCGUGUACUGCGUGGAAAAGCUGGGGAUUCCGCUGGAGAAGGUGAAUCCUAACGGGGGCGCCAUCGCUUUGGGUCACCCUCUGGGCUGCACCGGUGCUCGCCAGGUGGUGACGCUGCUCCAUGAGCUCCGACGCCGAGGUCGAAGGGCCUAUGGCGUCGUGUCCAUGUGCAUCGGCACUGGAAUGGGAGCUGCUGCCAUCUUUGAAUAUCCUGGACCGUGAGACCAGAAACACAACCUGUUCCUGUGAUUAACCUCCCAAUAAUCUCAUAUCGCCAUCUGGUGGCCAUAUGCAGGACUGCAGUUCGCAAGAAAAUUUUUACAAUAAAAUUGAGUGUAAUCAGUUGGAAAAAUAGAUUUCAUGUUAUUUGGACAACAAUACAGUUUUUCCUUUUAUCAGGGUUCGUGAAUGUCUUGAUGGGUGAUGAACCUUUGGGUUUGUAAAAUUAAAGGAGCACGUCUGUAUGUAUAAACACGGCUAAACAGCUCAGUGGCAUUUUUAAUCCAUCAUAGCUUAAAAAAAAGUCCUUUAAUCAAUGAUGUUACUAAGAUAGCUUAUUUAUUUUAUUUUGUUGACGUCUAAUUUAACUUUCCAACUGUGACGUGAUAUUUGUGUUGAUCAGUUUAACGGUGACACGGCGGCUGCGGC